CUUAUAUCAAAAAUACUGCUAUGUUCUUUUAAUAAUGCUGCACGCUUCCUUACAUUGCAAAAGUUGGUACUUGGGGUUCUGUUCCUCAACCAGUCUGCGACUUCUUUGACUUUAGUUUAGGACUACUGGCGCCGGUUUGGGAGGGCCUAUGACCGCCACGUGGCUGACCGCCACCGGCGAGACGCUGCGUGUGCGAGAGGUAUGGGGGGACAACCUGGAGGCCGAGUUCGCCAUCAUACGGGACAUUGUAGAAGGUUAUCCCUAUGUGGCGAUGGACACUGAGUUUCCGGGCGUCGUGGCAAAGCCAAUUGGCACGUUCAAGAGCAGCCGGGAGUUUAACUACAAAUCAGUCAAGAUGAAUGUUGACAUGCUAAAGCUUAUACAGCUCGGUCUAACAUUCACGGACGCGAAGGGCAGCCUGCCGCGUUCCAACGGAGAGCUCUGCGUUUGGCAGUUCAACUUUAAGGGCUUCCGGCUGGCGGACGAUGUUUACGCACAGGAUAGCAUAGAGCUGCUGAAAAAGUCUGGCAUUGAUUUCGCGAUGCACGAGGCUCGCGGCAUUGACGUGCACCGAUUUGGGGAGCUGCUCAUGACGUCCGGUAUCGUGCUCAACGACGAAGUGCGCUGGAUCACCUUCCACAGCACUUACGACUUUGGGUACCUCUUAAAAAUCCUCACGUGCCAGCCGCUGCCAAACACGGAGCAGGAGUUCUUUGAGCUCCUUAACAUCUACUUCCCCAACAUCUUUGACAUCAAGCACCUGAUGCGGUACUGCGACAACCUGCACGGCGGCCUCAACAAGCUCGCGGAGAUGCUUGACGUGCAGCGGAUAGGGCCGCAGCACCAGGCCGGCUCUGACAGCCUGCUGACGUCCUUCACCUUCAUCAAACUCGCGAACAAGUUCUUCCAGGGCAUCGAGGGCGCAUCCAAGCACCUGGGGGUGCUCUACGGGCUAGGGAUGGAAGGCGCGCCGGAGUCCAGCAAAAGCCACGACAACGGCUCCUGAGGGUGUUGUCUGUACGGCAGGCUUGUUUCGCUGCAGGUGGUCGUGGGCUGAUCCCGGCGGUCAUGGCUCAACUGCACGCUGUUGGCCGCUCUCCUUCUGCAGCCUUUCGCCUGCGGGGGCAACUGGGUCGUUGCAUGCUGCGGCUUGCGGUGCAAUACCGUGUAUGGGUAGACGUCGGGCAUGUAUAGAAGGCGUUUUCGGGGUCGGCGAGGCGGCGCGUGAUGGCAUGUACAUGUAGGGUGGUUCAGCGCAUCUGGGACGGGCGGUGGCUGUUGGCUGAGAGGAGUUGAGCUGUUGGGGCAUGCGGGGCGGGGACACGGCCGCAUCUUGCGGACAUGUGGGGUGUCGGGGCGGGUAUUAAGCACUAGCGGGAAUGGGUGCAUGUGUUGGGAGGAGGCAAGGUCGAAGGAUGUGCGUGUGUGUAGUUGGGUUUGCUGGCGAGAGGCGGCUGUUGCCCGAUGGUUGUUGGGGGCUCGGCGGCAUCGGUUUGCCCGAGAGAAGGGCGCUCUGUACAAUACACAUGAUGCCUGUAUCGCGCUAAGUAGUUUCGUUGGAGCUGAGGCUGAGGAAGGACAGGAUGGGCCAGGACUCGAGUGGAGCCCUCCCUAAGCGACGAGACACACGGGGGAACAGGACACACUCUGGAGCUUGCUGCACCUGCGCACCGCAAACACGACGCACCAUAUGUUGGUUGUCUGUUGGGGGCUGGCGUGUUGAUCGUACCUUCGGCUAUGAUUGGGGUCCGUCGACUGUCUGGCUUUUACUUGGAGCUCGGGUUGAUACGAGUCUUUAAGAAAGUUGUGGACGGCUAUCUUAGGUUUCGCGGUUAGGCCGGUAGUAGGGGGUUAGCUCUGUCGUGGCACCCCACGCCGGUGCCUCAUCGCUGGCGCUAUCAUGCAACCCCCCUAGCACGGCAGCAGCAGAUUGUAGGUUAGCGUGGGCUAGCGAUUAGGCAGUCUGCCGGUUGGUAGGCAUGGUUGGGGAAGGAAGAGAGCCGUACGGCCUUAGGAGGGUUCCGGAAGCUGGGUGGGCCCAGUCUGUGGUGGGAGCGGGGCAGGGCGCGUGCAGUAAGAAAGUGGCCAAGUGUGAAGAGAAGGGAGGAUGAGGUGGUAAGCGAGCGUCCUAGCGUCGCCUCUCCGUUGCUGCGCCCAGUGGCUCGGCGAAGAGCGCCUUGUUGACUGCUGCUGCGGCUCCUCGGCUGCUGCUGACGCUUGUGUCUGGUCCAUCAUUUUGUACGUUUUUCCAACAACCUGUUUGCGCGUAUUUAUUCCUAACCACUAACUGAAUUGGAGGCAUGAACUCAGUGGGGGGCACCCGACCUCGUUCCACGUGUGUGCGUGCAGGUACAUGGACAAAAGAGAGGCGGAGCCGUGUCGUACUUUGGCAGCGCAAGGCCGCCAAACCGGGGCAGUUGUCUCGGCGUGCAUGUGGUGUCGUCGUGUUGAUAAUGAUCGUGGGGAGAUGGUGAUGGGCUCUGCAACGGCGCAUAGUGGUUUGGUGAGCAGCAUGACUGUCAUAGCUAGCCUAGCUCGCUGCAGACGUGCGGGCUCUGUGGUGGUGU